AUGGCUGACCGCCGCUCAGAUUCAGAAGAGGGCUCGCGCGCAAAGCGCCAGAAGAUGGAUGCCGGCGAUCCCAAAAAUAACCCGUACCUGGCCCACAUGUACGAGGAAACCAAUGGCGCGGACAAGAAUUCGGCAUUCGCCAAGUUCAAGCGACACCAGACCACGGCUGCUUUGGCAAAGAAGGUUGAGGAUGGCGAUAACAACCCGUUCAAUGGUCAGCCUUUUUCCUCGAAAUACUUUUCGAUUUUGAAGGCACGUCGUGAUUUGCCUGUCCACGCGCAACGCGAUGAAUUUCUUCAACUCUACCAGCAAUCGCAGAUCCUGGUCUUCGUUGGUGAGACUGGUUCCGGAAAAACCACCCAGAUCCCACAAUUCGUCCUAUUCGAUGACCUCCCUCAGACCCAGCGCAAGAUGGUCGCCUGUACGCAGCCUCGCCGAGUGGCUGCCAUGUCCGUUGCGCAGCGUGUUGCCGCCGAAAUGGAUGUUAAACUGGGCGAGGAAGUUGGUUACAGUAUCCGUUUCGAGGACAUGACCAGCCCGAACACUCUCCUGAAAUACAUGACCGAUGGUAUGCUGUUGCGAGAGGCUAUGAACGACCACAACCUGUCGCGCUACAGUACAAUCAUGCUGGACGAGGCUCACGAGCGGACCAUGGCGACCGAUGUCUUGAUGGGUCUUUUGAAGGAGGUUGUGCAGCGUCGGCCGGACUUGAAGAUCAUCAUCAUGUCGGCCACUCUGGAUGCGCAGAAGUUCCAGCGCUACUUCAACGAUGCGCCCCUUUUGGCAGUUCCCGGACGUACUCAUCCUGUGGAGAUUUUCUACACCCCGGAGCCGGAGCAGGACUAUGUCGAGGCUGCGAUUCGGACGGUUUUGCAAAUUCAUGCCACCGAGGGAGACGGUGACGUCCUUCUGUUUUUGACCGGUGAAGAAGAGAUUGAAGAUGCGGCGCGCAAAAUUACAAUGGAAGGGGAGGAGAUGGUGAGAGAGGCCGAUGCAGGCCCCAUCAAAGUCUACCCGCUGUAUGGCAGUCUUCCGCCGCAUAUGCAGCAGCGCAUCUUCGAGCCCCCGCCGCCACCUCGCCGUCCCGGCGGUCGACCCGGUCGAAAGGUCAUCGUGUCCACCAACAUUGCGGAAACGUCUCUGACCAUCGAUGGUAUUGUGUACGUGGUGGAUCCCGGGUUCUCCAAGCAAAAGAUCUACAAUCCUCGCAUUCGUGUCGAGUCGCUCCUGGUCUCCCCGAUCUCCAAGGCAUCCGCACAGCAGCGUGCUGGUCGUGCCGGUCGUACGCGUCCCGGAAAAUGCUUCCGUCUUUACACCGAAGGAGCUUUCAAGAAAGAGUUGAUCGAGCAGACCUACCCAGAAAUCCUCCGGUCAAAUUUGGCAUCUACCGUCCUCGAACUGAAGAAGCUGGGCAUCGAUGAUCUUGUACACUUCGAUUUGAUGGACCCGCCUGCCCCCGAGACCCUGAUGAGAGCCCUGGAGGAGCUCAACUACCUGGCCUGUCUGGACGACGAUGGCAACCUCACCCAACUCGGCCGUCUGGCAUCCGAAUUCCCGCUGGACCCCGCACUCGCCGUGAUGUUGAUCAGCUCUCCCGAGUUCUAUUGUUCCAACGAGAUCCUGUCCAUCGUGGCUCUGCUGUCCGUCCCACAGGUCUUUGUUCGUCCCGCCUCGCAGCGCAAGCGCGCCGACGAGAUGAAGAACCUGUUUGCUCAUCCAGACGGCGACCACUUGUCCCUGUUGAACGUCUACCACGCAUUCAAGGGCGCCGACGCGCAGGCAAACCCCAAGCAGUGGUGCCACGACCACUUCUUGUCGCUCCGCUCCCUCCAGUCCGCCGACAACGUCCGCAUGCAACUCCUCCGCAUCAUGGAGCGCGAGGAACUCGAGAUGGUCUCGACCCCCUUCGAGGACAAGAAAUACUACGAGAACAUCCGCCGCGCCCUGUGCGCCGGCUUGUUCAUGCAGAUCGCCAAGAAGGAAUCCCAGGGCAAGAGCAUGUACAUCACCAUCAAGGACAACCAAAAUGUCCUGCUGCACCCGUCGACCGUCUUGGCCCACGACGCCGAAUGGGUCCUGUACAACGAGUUCGUGCUCACCACCAAGAACUACAUUCGCACCGUCACUGCGAUCAAGCCUGAGUGGCUCUUAGAUAUUGCCCCCACUUACUACGAUAUCUCCAGCUUCCCCAAGGGCGACAUCCGUUCGGCUCUCGUCCGUGCGGCUGAUCGACUCUCCCGCAAAGAGAAAAUGCGUGCCGACAAGCGUCGAUAG